AUGUUGAAGUGUGAAAGCAGAGCUCUGGAUCUGAGGCUGGAGGUUCUCUGGAAGCACGCCGUCCAGCCGCUGAUGUUCACGAUGGCGCCGGUUUACGCUCUCGUGCAUCUAACUGUGGUGAAGGUUGCCGGAAGCAACAUCUCCCACAAGCUCCGUCUGUCCAGCGUGAAGCCUGCAGACGAGGGAACGUACGAAUGCCACGUCAUCGACUUCAGCGACAGCCAGCUGCGGCACCAUCGCGUGCGGGCGUACCUGCAGGUGGAGCGGGCCGAGGGGAAUGUGCCUCCUCCGGCCCAGCAGGGGGCGACGUCAAAAGAGGAGCGUCUGCAGUCCGACCACCACAAGCACCACAAACCCGGCCGAGAGCUGAGGAAGAGGUCCGCUGAUGAUAGUACCACUGACUGCACUGAGAGCUGCGUGCUUUAGGUUCCUCUUAGCUUCAGUUACUACCCCACCCACACCACCCAAAUACCCAUAAUUCCUUACGCCAACCCCUAAACUAGGGAUAGCUCACCUGAAAAUGACAAAUCUGUCAUUUACUCGACUUAUGUUGUUCCAAACCCAUAUAACUGACGU